UAUUUUGCCAGAUAAACUAUAUAAAUUGAUACUAGAUUCAAAUUUUCUUAUCUGAAGAAAAUAGGAAAAAUGACGAACGUACCAGCAUCGUGGAAUAUUUGCACCUCUCCGCCUACUGGUAUAUGUUAUGUACAAACGCGCCCAACAAGUGGUACUAACAUUGAGUACGCUAAAAAGACAAAAUGCUCCGUUAUAGGAGUGGCUGUUACAGAACUUAUAUUCGGGAUCUGUCUGGUUGGCCUUGGCAUUGCAAUACUGCCAGUUUGUACCAGUACCAGGGGAUGUGACUACCCAUAUCAAUACUUCGACUAUGGAACACUGUCGAAGUUGGGAACUAAUAUAUGGGGAGGGGCUUUGGUGAUUCUGUUUUCAUGUUUUGGACUUGCCCAAGGCUGCAGCCCUUCUACUUGUACGAUUACUACAAAUCUUACUUUGUCUGUAAUCGGAAUCUUUGUCUCGAUCUGCCUUCUUGGAAUGGAAAUUACCGCUAGUCUUGUUAGCUAUCAAUCCGUAGAUCUCAUCAUUCUACACUCUAUUGCAUCGUUCUUUUGGUUUAUUUUAUUCAUUCUGUUCAUCGUCAGCACCUCGUAUUCUGGAAUUGCUCGCAGAUGUUGUUGCUGUGAUCCAUACCACUUCCAACAGAACGUUGCUGUUUUCCCAAUCGGACAGCCAAAUGCUGUUACCCUGGCUAAUGGACAAACAGUUAUUUUCCAAGGUCAACCUCAUUCCUCAACUGUGCCACCACACAUGAACCAACCUCCGAUGUAUACAGCUCAGUACGCACCAUCCAUGACUGGACAGGCUAAUGUUGCCUUCCAGUCCGACCCACCACCCAAGGUCUAAAGGGAAUCACCAUAGUGAGGAAUCAGCUGCACCGAAAUACUGACAAUUUAAUUUUGAUAACGUAUGUUGCUCUUUAUAGAUAUGUUUUAUCAUCGACAUCUUGUAAUUAGAAAUUCAGAUCAUAAGUAACGAAUAUAUGUUUGUAAUAUAAAUGUGAUAAUUUUCUGUGCAAUUAUAUUAUUUUGCAAAUAUAAUUUUAUGAAUAAUUAGUUUUUCAAACUAAUAUGAGAAUGAGAUCUCUAUUAUGCUUUCAUACGCCUAUGUUGAAAUAUAUAUAUUUACAUAAUUAUAUUGAGACGAUCCGUUGUUAUCCUCACGAGGAAAGCCCAGGUUUGAAAUAAGUAUCAUCAAUGAAGGUAUAGUAAUUGGCUGAUUCAAUGGCAUCUGUGACAUUUAUUUUACUAUAAUAUAACCUAUGCAGAGUGUAAUAAAAAAGACCCAGGCAAGCUUCAAUGAUCAUGAGGCUGCUUGACUGUUGAAAGGCUUUGGGCUGAGAGUUUAGGUAUCAAAAUACGCUUCCGGUAGCC